AUGGAGACGGAGACGGAGACGGAGACAGGGAGAAGGUUUUGUCUGCUACUGAGUCGACUCGUUCUUCUUCUUUUUGUUUUCUUCGCAAAAUCGUCUUCUGCUCAGCACCGAGCACCAGGGUUUCUCUACACCAGAGCAAGAGGAAGAUGCACACCCCAGUACUGGAGCAGCAGGACAGAGUCAUGGCCGAAGAUGGUGCCUCAGAUGUCGACGGUGUCCAAAGUGUUCGGUUCGCGGGCGUUCGAACGAUACAGAUACGAUCUGACGCUGCUGGAGGCUGCGGGGAGGAAUGACGACGGAGAUAAUGUAUUUGCGCGGCUGGUGAAAGAGUCCACGGCGGCGCUGCUGAAUUCAUACGCCAGAAAAGGGUAUCCUUACGCGGCGUGGGAAGUCAAGACUUUGGUUAUACAAGCUUUGGUUUCAAAAGAGGCUGCGUCCGUUCAAGCCCAGAAGUUUUCCCAGGCCAAUCAGAAUUGCACUGGCUACUAG